AUGCCAGUGGGCUCCUUUGUAGCAGUAGACUAUGUGGUCUUUGCUCUCAUGCUUUUGGUCUCCGCUGCCAUCGGGGUCUACUACGCCUGGGCGGACAGGAGCCAGAGUAGCACCGGGGAUUUCUUGAUUGGGGGCCGCAGACUGACGGCCGUGCCCGUCUCCCUGUCCCUCACAGCCAGCUUCAUGUCAGCCAUUACGGUGCUGGCCAGCCCCGCUGAGGUGUACCGCUACGGAGCCAUCUUUGGGCUCAUGGGUUUCUCCUACACGAUGACGGUGCUGGUCACAUCUGAAGUCUUUCUGCCCGUCUUCUACAAGCUGGCCAUCACCAGCACCUAUGAGUACCUGGAGCUGCGUUUCAACAGAGCGACCCGCCUGGUGGGAACUUUGUUCUUCAUCUUUCAGACGAUCCUCUACACAGGAAUAGUCAUCUACACCCCGGCUCUUGCUCUAAACCAAGUGACCGGUAUGGAUCUUUGGGGUGCUGUUAUAUCAACAGGAGUGGUCUGUACCUUCUACUGCACCAUGGGUGGACUGAAGGCGGUGGUGUGGACAGAUGUGUUCCAGGUUGGCAUCAUGCUCGCAGGCUUCCUGUCCGUCAUCAUCAGGUCGGUGCUUGUACAAGGAGGAGUCCUCAACAUCGUUUCAGAUUCACACCACGGAGGGAGACUCAACUUUUGGGACUUUGACAUGAACCCUCUGAGGAGACACACCUUCUGGACGCUGACCAUUGGUGGUACGUUUAUCUGGGUCAGUGUCUACGGCAUCAACCAGGCCCAGGUUCAGAGAUACAUCUCCUGCAAGAGCCUCGCUAAUGCACGACUGUCUCUGUACCUCAACCUCAUUGGUCUUCUGGUCAUCGUGGUGUGUACUGUGUUUGCGGGACUCUGCCUCUACUCCAUCUAUAAAAACUGUGACCCGUGGACGGCUGGACUGGUCUCUAAACCGGAUCAGCUGAUGCCGUAUCUGGCGAUGGACAUCCUAAGAGUCUACCCUGGCCUUCCUGGGCUCUUUGUGGCAGCGGCAUACAGCGGCUCUCUGAGCACGGUCUCCUCCAGCAUCAACGCCUUGGCUGCGGUGACAGUAGAGGACCUGAUCAAACCGCACAUUCACAUGUCUGAGAAACGCCUGUCUUGGAUCUCCAAAGGACUCAGUUUCAUGUAUGGGGCGUUAUGCAUUGGAAUGGCUGGACUGGCCUCACUCAUGGGAGGAGCGUUAGAGGCAGCCAGCAGUAUCUUUGGGAUCAUUGGAGGUCCCUUACUUGGCCUUUUCACACUGGGGAUCCUCUUUCCGUUUGCAAAUUCCACAGGGGCUUUGUCAGGUCUGGUGUCUGGGCUGACCGUAUCUCUGUGGCUGGGCAUCGGGGCCCAGAUAUUCCCUGCCCCUCCUGAGAUGACCCGGCCGCUGCUGCUGACCACUGAGGGCUGCAACUUCACCGCCACAGACAGCCUCAACUGGACCUCCCCCGCCCUGCCAACGGAGCAGAGCUUCAUCACCACAAUCCCAAUAGAAAACAUAGACGGCAGGCCUCCCCUGGCGGAUAGCUGGUACUCUCUGUCCUACCUCUACUUCAGUCCCAUCGGAACCACAGUAGCUGUCACUGUGGGGCUGAUCGUAAGCCUGUUUACAGGGGGCAUGAAGCUGAAGACGGAAUCAAAUCUGACACUGACGAAAGAGGACAUGAUGUCGUAUCACUUGUUCAGGUUCUUCAAAGAGAGACUCACGAGACGGACAGGAGAGCUCGACCUCACCAAGAGCGGGGAGAAGAAAUUUGGCAACAAUAAUCCGGCUUUCUCCGACUUUGAGCUGGACUUCAAAAAAACAAGCAUUCCUACAUGAAGAUGCGACUAGUGUUUGCUGUAAUUUGUU